AUGGACGAUUAUCAGCUGAUGCAUGCCGACCAUUGUAUCGAUUACCUUCGGCAGUCGAUACAAUGUCACGGGGACCUCACACCCAUCGUCCAGACUUGGCAACCGGAUCUACAUGCCUAUGCUGCUUCGCAGCGAACGGUACAUCAAUGUCGAAAUUUCGACAAGAUUUGGGAUUGGGCGGCGGGACGGAAUACGACGGGUUUGAGGGCGGAUGGGAGGCAUGAGAAGCAUCAGAGGGAUUGA